GAAUCGGAACGCAGCCCUGUAUAUGCGUAUAUACAAUGGCAUUGUCGCCAAUAAUUGCUUUGUUGGUAAACAAUUCGUGAUGACGUUCUCGUAGCAUGCCUUGAUGGGAUUGUAAUUAAUCUGAAAUGGCUGAGGUAAAGCGAACACCACAUCCUGUGACACACGGCUCAGGACAGGAAAUAACGAAUGUAGCGCAGGAAAAAGAAAAGAAUAAUACAAAUCUGGAGGCACAUAAGGACGUCGAGACGACAGCUCAGCAACCGGUUUAUCAAAUCCGUCCACAUUUGCAUGAAAAGUUUAAACCCUUAAGCGCAAAAGAAAUAAUACAUGAUGUGUUAUUCGAUCAACUUGCCAUGAAAUCAUACGAUGCACAAGCAGCUGCUCAGUGGACUAAAGAUAUAGCAGAUGCUAUUGAAAAAAGAAUCAAAGACUUACAGUUUAAAAGAUACAAAUAUAUUGUCAACGUGGUUUUGGGACAGCAACAUGGCGCUGGCAUAAAAAUAGGUACAAGAUGUAUUUGGGACACAGAAGCUGAUACGUAUGCUUACGACAGUUUCAUCAAUGAUACCAUAUUCUGCACAGCUAUAGUAUAUGCCAUUUAUUAUUAUUAAAACAUGUUUUUUUUCUAACGUAAGAACACAUAUAUCGACAAGAUGUAUAAGUGGAAAAAUCAUUGUUUAGAAACGUCAGCAAAUUUAUUAAAAUACAAUGUGUUAUUAGCGUAGUUAAUAUGUACAUAACAUAUGUCGUUACAUAACUUUUGCGUAUAAUUACAGGUAAUAUUUGCAUUCACAAUGCAACGUGCAUAUCUCCAUUUGAAAUAAUAUAAUCAUAUUUUCCACUUGCAUGAUCGCUUAUACAUUAAAAUUAUUAUAGCACCAUAAUUCACGGUAAUAUAGUAUAAUUAAAUUAUUUAUCCUAUUUAUUAUAAUAUUUAAUGUCAUGAUUCGUUUGCUUUAUUUAUUUCUUGAACAAGAUGCUUUUCAGAAAACGUUAAAUGUAACGAUUAAUUCGAGAUUCAGGAUAUUUCUUUGAAUGACGUUGAGUGUAUUUGUAUUUGUUAAUUAUACUGAUUAUAACAGACGUUUUUAACAUUAAUUUGAAUAGCCUGUUACCAAUGUUGUGUGUUGUACGUUCUACAUUUGCGUAAUAGUGGACCAUGUAAACAAAGAUAUAAAAAUAUACUUGUUAAUCUCU